AUGCCUGUCACAGACCCCACGCUCAAUAUUCCUAAUGAUCACCCACUAGCAGAUACUCCUCAGUACGAGAGGAUAUUGGUCCAUUGCCCAAAGAAGGAUAUCUCGUUCAAAGAAUGGGACUGUUCUGUUGGAAAAUUCUGCCACAGAAAUGACAGACUUUUCUUUCUAUCAGCUAAUCCUACUCAAGUCGGAACUGCUCUUCAAGUUUUCUAUAAUUUGGGAACCUUAAAGGACACAAUUACGAAUGUUGUGGAUGGAUAUUGUGCAUCCUUGGAGGAGAACAUCAACAAUGCCUUGGAUAUUAAAGUUUUGACUCAGCCUUCACAAGCAGUGGUUCGAGGUGGCCCUGGGCGAGCAGCUAUGCCAACACCAGGAAACACGGCAGCCUUUAGAGCAGCUCUGUGGACAAACAUGGAAAAAUUAAUGGAUCAGAUCUGUUCAGCUUGUGGACAGGUACAGCACCUGCAGAAGGUAUUGUCCAAGAAAAGAGAUCCUGUGACACACGUGUGUUUCAUUGAUGAACUAGCAAAGGAUGGCCAGUCAGACAUUUUGUAUGCAUUUUGGACAGCAAUAACUCGGACACUUGCCUUCCAGUUUCAGACGGCAACAGACUCUUCCGUGUUUCUGAAACAAGCUUUUGAAGGUGAAUAUCCUAAAUUAUUGAGGCUCUAUAAUGAUUUGUGGAAGCGCCUUCAGCAAUACAGUGAAAAUAUUCAAAGGCAUUUUAAUACAAAUGGAACUAUGGAACCCUUUGUUGAACUUCAGCAUAUAGAAGAUGAUACACAUGAUCUAUUCAUGCAAAAGAAACAAGAUUAUGAUCCAGAAAUAGCCUUGAAAGACUCUCUGCAACCUUAUGAAGCUGCCUACUUGUCAAAGUCAUUAUCUCGACUCUUUGACCCCAUCAACCUCGUCUUUCCCCCUGGGGGUCGCAAUCCUCCUUCGACUGACGAGCUUGACAGCAUCAUCAAAACCAUUGCAAGUGAGCUAAAUGUGGCUGCUGUUGAUCCAGACCUCAGCCUGGCAGUAUCUAAAAAUGUGGCAAAGACUAUACAACUGUAUGCUGUGAAAUCUGAGCAGCUUCUCUCUACGCAAGGAGAUGCCAGCCAGGUGAUUGGACCAUUAACCGAAGGGCAAAGACGAAAUGUUGCUGUAGUGAAUUCACUGUACAGGCUACACCAGUCCAUACUAAAAGUGGUCUCCAACCAAAGUGCAUUUCCAGCAGCUUCUGAGCAAACUAUUAGUGCAGCCUUGAAGACAGUCCAUGAUUUGAUGGGAAAUGCUGUACAACCUUUACUGAACUCAGUUGGAGACUCGAUAGAAGCUAUUAUCAUCACCAUGCAUCAGGAAGACUUUUCUGGGUCACUGCCCACUUCAGGAAAGCCUGACGUUCCUUGUUCACUUUAUAUGAAAGAGCUGCAGGGCUUUAUAGCCCGAGUUAUGAAUGACUACUUCCGACACUUUGAAUGUUAUGACUUUGUCUAUGAGAGCACCGAAGCCAUUGCACAGAGAGCGAUUGAACUUUUCAUUCGCAAUGCCAGCCUGUUAAGGUCUCUGGGCGAAGGAGGGAAAAUGCGGCUUGCGGCUGACUUUGCACAGAUGGAGUUAGCUGUGGCUCCCCUCUGCAGACGUGUCUCUGAUCUGGGAAAACCUUACAGGCUCUUGAGAUCAUUCAGACCAUUGCUGUUCCAGACAAGUGAGCAUAUUGCUAAUAGCCCAGCACUGGGAGAUAUCAUUCCAUUUAGUACUAUCCUUCAGUUCUUAUUUACAAGAGCACCACCUGAAUUGAAAUCCCCAUUCCAGAGAGCCGAAUGGACCGUUGCCCGUUAUUCCCGAUGGCUUGAUGACCAUCCCUCGGAGAAGGACAGGCUCAUUUUAAUCAGAGGUGCCCUGGAAGCUUAUGUGCAAUCAGUAAGAAGUAGAGAAGGAAAAGAAUUUGCUCCAGUCUAUCCCAUAAUGGUGCAGCUGCUGCAGAAAGCCACGUCUGUGCUUCAGUAGAAAUGUCUCUUGAAGACAUCAAGACUCAGCACUAAUGGUAGGGGGGGUCCUGCUUUAGAAGCAUCUUUCCUUCUGCCACAAAAAUCUGUUGCUGCUUAACUGAAAUGUUUUGCUUCCUACAACUUUCCUUAUCAACAGAAGUUUUUUACAAUGUACUUUUUUAUUAGGCUAAUUUCAGAUAAAUAUAUUUAGGAACAAUUUUCUGACGUUACCCUUUGAAUUUAGAAACUGAAGAGCCACUGAGAAGGCUCCCCUUCCUGCAUUUGAUAAAAGUGGGAAAGCUGUAAUCGGAUUUUCGAAACAGUUAAAAAGGAGUAAUGUGUAUUUGCUUCCUAUCAACAAUGUUCAUGCUUUAUAGUACAGUUUAGUUCAUAUAUGUUGAUUCUG